GUCACUUCCUGCUGGGAAACAAACGCAGCUCAUGGGUCCCUUCCAAAGAGACUCAGCAGGUCAGCUGUCUUCCCCGAGGCCCCCUGCUCUGCCCGGGGGGCUCCCCCAGAGCCUGCAUGGUGGGGGCACCGUGGAGGCAGCAGUGGGCUCCUCCGCCUGAGGGCACAUCCAGGUGUAGACGGUGUGGUUCAGGGGCUGAGGGCCAGGGAGCUGGGCCCCAGGCCUCGGGGGACCAGCCCCCCAGGGCAGGCAGAGGCGCUGGUGCCCACGGCCCCCCGGGGGCAGUGGUGGGCCGGGGACGGACAGUCACACGUCAGCCUGCCCAAGGCCUUUAGUGGCUCCUCCUCUUCUCCCCACAGGCCUGAUGGGGUGGCCACUACAGAGCCGGCAGCAGCGGCAGCCUUCCCAGGCGAGUACGUGGUCCUGGUCUGCGACGUGACCACCCCUCCGUUCCUGGGCCACACGCUGCCCACCGCCUUCAAACACCUGCGGGUCUCGGCGAAGGGGGCGGGCCAGCGGCCCCACGUCCCCGGAGAAGGCCCCGAAGCCCCGCGCUAAGGGGGCCGGCCCCGUGUACCACCGCUGU